UCCCAUUUUCAAUUUUCGUCUUCUUUUCUCAAAUUUUCUAGAACUUCCACUCCACUACCUUGUAUAAAUAUCUUCCUCCCUCCCUGAAUAUCUAAUUCUUUAUAGAAAAUUCAAUAAUCUUGCACCCUGACAAAAUAUAUUAGUGUACUUCAAGAAACUUAGUGAAAUCAAUGGAUGGCAUGGUAGAGAAGCUGAAAGAGGAAUUCACAACAACCGACACCGGUACAGUGUCUGCACGGCCAAUGGAGGGGUUGCAUGAGGUGGGUCCACCGCCUUUUCUGAUCAAGAUUUUUGAGAUUGUGGAGGAUUCUUCGACAGAUGCAGUGAUUUCUUGGAGCAGGAGUAAGAACAGUUUUAUUGUGUGGGAUUCUCACAAAUUCUCCACCAUUCUUCUCCCUAAGUACUUCAAGCACAGCAAUUUCUCUAGCUUCAUUCGCCAGCUUAACACAUAUGGUUUUAGAAAGGUGGAUCCCGAUAGAUGGGAAUUUGCUAAUGAGGGAUUUUUGGGAGGACAGAAGCAUCUUUUGAAGUCGAUCAAGAGGAGAAGAAAUGUGAUGCAAAGCUCGACUUCGCAAGGUGGAAAUUCAUGUGUUGAGUUGGGGCAUUUUGGUGUGGGAGAAGAAGUCGAAAGACUGAAACGUGAUAGGAAUGUGUUGAUGACGGAAAUUGUGAAACUGAAGCAGCAACAGCAUAACUCAAGGGAGCAGAUCAUGGAAAUUGAAGAAAGAAUUUGCAGCACUGAAAGGAAGCAACAACAAAUGAUGAGUUUCAUCGCUAAAGCCUUCGGAAAUCCGAUGUUUGUCCAGCAUUAUAUGGAUAAAUAUGCUCAGAAGCAAGAGCGCUUAGAAAUUGGGCAAAAGAGGAGACUCUCUAUGAGUCCAAGUGUCGAGAAUUCGCAGGAUGCUGUAUCCGUUGCCAUGGGCAUGAAUCCGUGUUCGAACCAUACAAGUCAAGAAGAAGAGGAGCUUGCUAACAUUCAAUUAGAGAUAGAGGCGUUGUUUUCUGAUCCUAAGGACACUAAAUCAGGGACUGGCCCCUUGGCUAGUGGCACCGGGUUGAAUUCUAUUGCUGAUAGUAUGUUGGAGGAAAUGCUUGGGGAAGAUCUCAUUGUUGGCUAUGAAGCCGAAAAUUUUUUGGCAGCCAAUGAACCAUCAGUUGCAGAAGUGGAAGAUUUGAUAGCAAAAACACCAGAUUGGGGUGAGGAUUUACAAGAUCUUGUAAAUCAAUUGGGAGAUCUUUAGUUGAAAGUUGAAAACCAUAAAUGUUCUGUUACUACGAUUCUUUGAUUCUCAUGGCCUCCACAAAACACUUCCUGUUCCUCGUAUUGAGUACAGAUUAUGAUUAAUCAUUCAUUUGA